AUGCUUUCACCCGCCGCCAAGCGGCGGUGCUUCUUCGAAAUGAGCGUCGAGGUGUACGCGCGGACGCUCAUGGCCAUCUACUUGCUCGUCCUCGUCGCCGUCCUCCACCGCGUCCACGUCAACAUCAUCGGCCGCCAGACUUUCUACGGCGUAUAUACACCUGGAUUCAACCUGAAGCUGACGCCUGACGCGCACGAGCCGAGCGCGUCGACGCCCAGCGCCCACCCAGACGGUCUCCGAGACGCUGCAGGCGACCGUUCGCGCAGUGGAGACUCGACACAAGUGCUCCGCUCGCCGCUGCGGACUGCCGCAGCUGCGGCUGCAGCUGCGACUGCAGCGGCUGCGCAACCUGAGGGCGGGGGCCGGGGCUGCGGUUUGGGGGCGGACAACGCUUCCUCCUGCGCGCCUGUGGAGCGGGCAGCACAGGGUCGCGAAGUGCAUGUCUCUCUGGCGGAGUUGAACGCUGCGAACUAUCUUUUCCUCACGACGACGCGCGUCCUGCUUGCCUCGCAAGAGACGCUCGUUAUGAUCGCCGACGAAUUCCAUCGCACGGCGCUCGAGGUUCUGCGUGACGCCCAGCCAGAGGGCCUGCUGUCCUCGAGGGACUUGCUGCAGUUGUUGCUUCUCAUCCUCGUGACUGCCCACGCGCGAGUCCUCCAGCGCGCCGAGAGAGCGGGCGAUCUGCGACGAGGGAGACUCUCGACGGCCGCGGCGGCGCGCGAACCCCUGCGCGCAGACGAACGAGGCGCCGAUAGGAAUCACGGAGAAGCGGAGAACGCGUGGAGCGGCGAGCCAGGAUGCAGCGAGCUUCUGCCUCGCGGCAGAGGCUUAGCUGCUUUGCUGCUGCCGGAAGGGACGGGCGUCCUCUUCGCGUCGCCGGAGAAGGAUGAGAACGACGCUUCUCGCAGCGAUGCGGAGGAGGCGACGCGGGAGAGCCACGCGCUGGAGCCCGAGGCCACAGCCACCGCGCAGAGAGCCCGCGAGACUCCCAGGCGACCUGAAGAGGUUCCGCUGCUCUAUUCGUCUGCUUCCCACCGCGCUCCAGACUCGUCGAAGGACACGCGCGACUCCCAGGCGGGCGUCACGGCUCGUGCGCGCCGCAGCGCGUCGCCACAGCUGCCUGCAGCGGCGUCGCGACCAGAGGCUGCUGGCUGUCUCCACGCGCUGCCGGAGGCCGAGGCUUGGCUGCGGAGGCCCGCUGUCUCCGCGCUAGUCGAGGCGCAGCUUGCGGAGGCCCGCGACCUUCUGGAGGCGCCGGCGUGCGCAGAAGCGACGGUCGACGGCCUCACGGCCGGGCUGUGGCUAGCUGUGCAGUGUCUCCAGGGCUGUCUCCUUCAGACGGGGCUUGCCCUGCCGGCGCAUCUCCCUCCCGCAGUCGACGAUUCGGCGUCUUGUGCGUCUGCGGCAAGCGACGGCUCUUCCGCGUUCUCUGGCACGUCGUGCGCCACCACGGCGUGCGGCGCUGCGGCCUCGGCGGCCCGCGAGUCUUCUUCAUCGGCACGCGGCGCACGCCCCUCCUCCUCCUCUUUCGCAGCCACUGGAGCUGCCUCUGCCUCCCCCACGCCGCAGGCGACGCAGACGGGCGAGGAUCAAGGGCGGGAAGACGCCCUGUGGUUUCCAAACUUCUGCGUCUUCCCCUUUGCGCGCUCCUUCGGGCGCGCCUGCCAGCUCGCGGACUUUGUGCUGGGCGAGCCGGCAGAGGCGAGCCCCGCGGCCGCCGAUUCAGCCCAAGACGCAAAGAAGAGAGACGAGACAGCGGAGAGAGCGGAGAGGGCGAAGAUGGCGGAGAGGGAGGAAGGAGGGGAGGCGACGUCUGCGGCGGCGCUCGGCUUCGAGGACGAAGUCGACAGCGACAUUCUGGCGCUGCUCGCGCGGCUGCCUUCGGUUGCAGAGUUCUCUUCCUUCGCGUUCUUCCCGACCGCCUCGGAGGACGAACUCGACGCGAUCCACGCCCUCGUGGUCGCCGCGCAGGAGAAACGCGAGGUGGAGCGCGAGCGCCGGAGGUUCCUGCGGCCGGUGAGCAGCCUCCACGACCGUCGCAGCCCCGCCUUCACACACCUCCUCCAGUUGCAGCGCGACGCGCAGCGGCACGUCCUGCUGGCAGCUAUGCGCGCGAACCGCGCGCGAGACGCGCAGGACGCCGCGCAGACGCAGCAGGCACACAGAGCGAAGGCGGCCGCGGAGGGAGGCGUGGAGCCGGCAGGGGGCGUCGCGGGCUUCCAGGGGAAGCACGAAGACGAUCUGCGCGCAGAGGGGGAAGAAGACGGGCAAGCGGCGGGCGGCGUCUCCGCAGGCGCUCGGAGUUCGUCGCAGAGAGAUCCGCGACAGGUGAACGAGGAGGAGGCGACGAGGAGAGCAGGCGGAGGCGGCAAGCAUGGAGAGACUGGCCUUCCCCUGGGCGGCGCGGCAGGGAGGGAAUCACAUGAUGAGGAGGAGAGCGAGUCUUUGCGGCGGCACACGCGGCCGCUCGCCCCGGUCGAGCACCACCCUGAGCACACCGCGAGAUGCGCGGAGGUGAAGUCGAUGAGACAAGAGAUUGAGACUUUCGAGUUUUGCCUCGAAAGCACUAGAGCCGACGCCCGCCAGACGCUCGAGGGCGAGACAUUCGCAGACGGAGAGGGCGCCCGGGAAGCCGCGGGUGUGGUGUCUGGGCCCCCGGCGUCCACCGACGCGGAGGCCGCGUGUAGGGAGCGCGUCGUGAUGAUGCUGCACACGGCGACGCAGCGCGCGGGCGAGCGAAGCGCGAGAAAGCAGAUCAUAGCGCAUGCGUCUUUUUCGGAGGCGCGAGAGUCCGGCGCCGCAGCGGAGGUGGCGGCGACGUUGGGCACACGUGCGGCGGCGUCUGCGCUCGCUUCGAGGCCCUCUGAAGAGAGCAGGAGGGCGUCAAACGCCGCGGCGAGUGAAGACGAGAGCUUCCUCGACUGCCAGCGCGCGGCGUCGGACCUUUCGCUGGACAUGCAUCUGAUAGACAGCCGCCGCAGCUCGGUCUGCCUCGAGACGUGGACAGGCGCGGAGAGGUCGCUCACCUCCUCCUUCUGGGAACGCGAGGGACCAGAGAGAGGCGCCCAACAGCAGCCGGGCGACACGCGCGGCGAACGCGAGCCAGACGCGAAGGCGACGCGCUCGAGGUUCGCAGGCAGCGGGGCGGAAGGCGAGGCGGGAGAGAGCGGCGGCGAGAGGGGAAAAGAGCCUGGAGGCGAGAGAGGAAAAGAGCCUGGCGGCGCAGGAGUUCUUUCGGCUGCCGGAGAGACCGACUCGCGCGCUGUGAAGCUCGAAAUUGGCGAUGGAGAGUCACGCGAAGCGGACCGUGAUGGCGGCGGAGGCGCGGGGGGGAGAGACGAUACCGAGCAGCAGAUCGACGCGCCGCUGGUGUCUCUGUCCUCUGCGCACAGCGGAGAGGCAAGGCAGCAUGAAUUGGAAGCGGCCAGUGAACAAGAAAGAGAAAACGAUGAAGCCUAG